UAUCUUCCAAAUGAUUAAGCGACCGGCAAAUACGACAAUAUUUGUUGUACAAUGCUAACUGGAAUCCGGGUUCAAUUUAAGUUAUAAAUUUCCAAAAAGCCCUCUCCACUCUUCUUGUCUCACUUCUUCAGCAAAUUAAGAAUGGCGAAUGGGGCACCAGUUUCAACAUCAAAGGGAAGAUGGAGCAACGUCUCCAAAUAUGCUGCUACUAUUUUCUUUGUCAUCAUCUUCCUUCAGGUCCCUUUGUUUAGGGUGCCAUGCAGAUCUGGUAUGUGCUCAACGCCUAUGCAAGUCACAUCCUCCCAGUUGAUUUCCAGUGAGAUCUUUCCUCUUUCAUUAGUGAAGGCCAUGCUCUAUCCUGGUGCAGUUGCUAAUUUCUUAAUCACAAGCAGGACGGUUCCAAGCUGGGAUAAUCUGCUAAACAUCUACAACCUGACUAAUGUGAAGGAGGCGUCAGCCGUAACUGACCUACAACGCUUGGAGGUUCUUGCUGGAAGCUAUUUUGCUGUGGCUGGAGCUCUUAUAGGCAUUUUGAAACCUGGAAGGAUGAGCAUGUUUGGCACGCUACUUAUUGUUUGGGGCCUUAUCAAGGAAGGGAUACUUAACAAGCCCACAAAAGUGGACCCUGAGAGGGCAGUGUAUGUCUACCCGACAAUGUUGCUAGCAUUGGUAUGUUCUUUCAUGUCUGUCAAGUAUGAUAUGAAAAAGGUGACAAGAGGUGCCCCAGCUAGACCUGUUGCAAAACCUCUCAAAAGUUCUUCGAAAGCUAAGCUGAAAUGAGCAUGACUUUCAUGCUUUUGACGGGAUACAAGCACCAUACAUACCCCCCCCCCCCCCCCCCGGCCCGUCCCCUGCUUUGUCAUCAUAUUUCUUACUGCUUAUGCAGUGCCUGAGGUCUAGUCCUUUCAUUCUCUUUUCCAUGAGAAAUGUAUUCUACAUGUUUGUUUGAAUUAAUGAGGUAACUGUCUGGACUUGUAGUCUAUUAUGUAAUUGUAAUACAGGAGAAGAAAUCUGGAGGGUUUCUAUGGAACUACUAUUGUAGUAAGUACAGCUGUAAAUUUUGAAGUAGUUAUUAUGCUCGAGUAUUCA